UGGGCUCGUUCCAGAGCUCCUCUGGCCAACUGCCUUUAGUUUCUUUAGUCUGUUCUGUGGAGCUGAGUGGUGUGUGCCGUGCGUUCGGAUCGGAUUGCUCGGUUGUGGCUGUGAACUUUUGGCCCAACGACGGCAACAUAUAAAUUAAUAUUCGACGAGAACCGAGAAAAUUAUUGUGCAGGUUUAAGUGCAUAGGGCAUCAUGUUGCCCUUCUGGAAGCGGCUGCUGUACGCCGCUGUCAUCGCGGGAGCGUUAGUCACUGCUGAUGCUCAAUUUUGGAAGACCUCUGGCACGUCCGGUUCGAUCCAGGAGUCGGCCAGGCACCAAAAUCGUUACGAUCCCAGGAACCCCAUUGACCCCAGCUUCGAAAUUGUGGACUCCGCCGGUCAGCAGCGCGGUGAGCCGCUGCCCAAGAAUUGUACGGCCGGAUAUGCGGGCUGUGUGCCCAAGUGCAUUGCGGAGAAGGGCAACCGGGGUCUUCCGGGACCCGUGGGACCCACAGGAGCGAAGGGCGAGACCGGAUACCCGGGAUUGGAGGGACCGCUGGGCGACAAGGGCCAAAAGGGUGACCCGGGUCCGUAUGGAGUUCGCGGCGACAAGGGUGAGCGCGGAUCGCCGGGUCUCCAUGGUCAGGCCGGUGUGCCCGGUGUCCAGGGACCUGCCGGCAAUCCCGGUGCCCCCGGUUUAAAUGGCAAGGACGGCUGCGAUGGCGAGAAUGGUUUGGACGGUCUGGAGGGUCUAUCCGGAAUGCCGGGACCCCGUGGCUAUGCCGGCCAGAUGGGCGGCAAGGGCGAGAAGGGUGAGCCGGCCAAGGAGAACGGUGACUAUGCGAAGGGCGAGAAGGGUGAGCCCGGCUGGAGAGGCACAGCCGGUUUGGCCGGACCCCAGGGCUUCCCCGGCGAGAAGGGCGAGCGCGGUGAUAGCGGCCCGUAUGGAGCGAAAGGACCUCGAGGUGAUCACGGCGCAAAGGGCGAGAAGGGUGCCUCCUGCUAUGGACCCAUGAAACCCGGUGCCCAGGGUGUCAAGGGCGAAAAGGGUGAGCCGGCAGGGCAGUCACCACUCACACCGUCGAUCACCCUGCGCGGAGACCGUGGCGAUCAGGGACAGAAGGGCGAGCCCGGUCCAUUGGGCCGCAAGGGUGAGGCCGGACCGGAAGGUGAGACUGGACUCGAUGGACAGAAGGGCGAGAAGGGUCUACUCGGCCACCCAGGCGAUCGCGGUCGCCCAGGUAACUUUGGACCCCCAGGACCUGCCGGACAAAAGGGAGAUCGCGGUGAGCCGGGCCUAAAUGGUCUGCCCGGUAAUGCCGGACAAAAGGGUGAGGCUGGACGUCCGGGACAGACGGGUAAACAGGGUCUGCUCGGUCCUCCGGGACCGCCAGGCGGUGGCCAAGGAACACCAGGAGCCCCAGGACCAAAAGGACCUCGCGGCUAUGUCGGCGCACCCGGACCUCAGGGAUUGAACGGAGCUGAUGGACAGACAGGCCCGCAGGGCUACACGGGACAGAAGGGAGGCGCUGGCCUGCCCGGACGACCAGGCAACGAGGGACCAGCUGGCAAGAAGGGAGACAAGGGAACCGCAGGACUUGAUGGACCCCAGGGCCCGAUUGGACCCAUUGGACACCAAGGACCACCGGGACCGGAGGGAGAGAAGGGUGAAGCCGGUUUGCCCGGAAUUGGAAUUCCUGGAGUUAAGGGAGACGAAGGACUUUCUGGUUAUCCCGGACAGAAGGGAAGCAAGGGAGAGCGCGGCUUCAAGGGCAACGUUGGUGUUCCCGGCGACUCCAAACUGGGCCGUCCCGGUGCCCCCGGUGUGGCUGGAGCUCCUGGUCAAAAGGGUGAUGCCGGACGUCCCGGUACUCCUGGCCAGAAGGGAGACAUGGGCAUCAAGGGUGACGUCGGCGGCAAGUGCUCGUCGUGCAGAGCUGGACCGAAGGGUGACAAGGGUGCGAGCGGUCUGGCCGGAAUUCCCGGAGGCAAUGGCGCCCGCGGUCCGCCCGGAGAGCGUGGUUAUCCCGGCGAACGUGGACACGAUGGCAUCAACGGACAAACUGGACUGCCUGGCGAGAAGGGAGAGGAUGGUCAAACGGGAGUGCCCGGAGCCGAUGGAGCGCCCGGUGAGUCGGCCAUUGCCGAUCUGAGCCUCAUUGAACCGAUCAAGGGCGAGAAGGGUAAUCCUGGAUGGGCUGGCGCCCCCGGAGUGAAGGGUGAACGCGGCUAUGAUGGACUUCCCGGACCAGCGGGACGCAAAGGAGAGUUCGGCCUGAAGGGCGACAAGGGACUGUCUGGAGCUCCCGGCAUUGAUGGAAGACCCGGACGCGCUGGACGUGAUGGUACACCCGGCCUGCCCGGCGUUUCCAUCAAGGGUGAGCCCGGUUUCCAUGGACUUAACGGAGCCAAGGGCGACAAGGGUUCGUUCGGUUUCAGCGGCGAGAAGGGUGAGCCCGGUACUUGUGCCGCCGCUGAGAUCCGAGUGCCCGCCAAGGGCAACAAGGGUGAGCCCGGCCAGACUGGAAUGCCGGGACCUGUUGGUGCACCUGGCCCGAAGGGAAACCAAGGUUUCGAUGGACUCAAGGGCGACACUGGUCCCCAGGGACCUGCAGGCCUCGAGGGACCUCGCGGAUUAACCGGACCACGCGGUGACAAGGGCAACCAGGGAGCCGUCGGUGCUCCCGGUAAUCCCGGCAAGGAUGGCUUCCGUGGAAUCCCCGGACGCAAUGGAGAACCCGGUCUGCGGGGAGAGCCUGGCAUUUCGGUGGCUGGUCCCGUUGGACCUCCCGGUCUCACUGGUCUCACUGGACAGAAGGGCGAUCGCGGACCAGUGGGUGCUCCUGGUCUACCCGGUAACGAUGGCAGCGUUGGCUAUCCCGGCGACCGAGGCGAUGCUGGUCUGCCCGGCGUGGCCGGACGUCCUGGAGCCGUGGGCGAGAAGGGAGAUGUGGGACCACUGGGACCACCCGGCGUCGCCGGACCUCCUGGCAUUCCUGGCAUUGACGGCGUACGUGGACGUGAUGGCGCCAAGGGUGAGCCCGGCAAUCCUGGCCUGGUCGGCAUGCCCGGCAACAAGGGAGAUCGCGGCGCAGUCGGCAGUGAUGGACCCAAGGGCUUCCCCGGCGUCACCGGUGCUCCCGGAAAGCGCGGACCUGCUGGUAUUCCCGGAGUAACUGGUGCCAAGGGCGACAAAGGAGCUAAUGGCUUGACUGGCAACGAUGGACCUGUGGGAGGACGUGGUCCCCCAGGUGCUCCUGGCUUGAUGGGCGUGAAGGGUGACCAAGGCGUGGCCGGUGGCCCCGGACAUCCGGGAUUGGACGGUCUGCCCGGCGAGAAGGGUGCCCAAGGAUUCCCCGGUCUGGAUGGAGCUCCUGGUCUGCCUGGCGAUGCCUCCGAGAAGGGACAAAAGGGUGAGCCCGGUCUAUCCGGACUUCGAGGCGACACUGGUCCAGCUGGAGAGCCUGGUUGGCCCGGCGAGAAGGGUCUGCCCGGUCUGCCCGUUCACGGACGUCCUGGUCCGCAGGGCGAGAAGGGAGACGCCGGACGCAAUGGCGUCGAUGGACGCGAUGGACUGAAUGGCGAGAAGGGCGACCAAGGACUGCAGGGCGUUUGGGGCCAAACUGGAGACAAGGGUAAUGUGGGAGCUCCCGGUACCCCCGGUGCUCCUGGCCUCGAUGGACUGCCCGGCGCAGCUGGUGCCCCCGGUCCUGCUGGCUAUCCUGGUGUUCGCGGCGAGAAGGGAGACCAAGGUCUAGCCGGUCUCGAUGGACUCAAGGGUGCCACUGGACCCGCCGGACUUCAGGGCUUCGUGGGCGCCACCGGUGAGAAGGGUGAGCGUGGUGUACGUGGUCAACCUGGUCUUCCGGCCGCCGUUCAGAUCGAGAAGGGCGAGAAGGGAUCCCAGGGCGAGCGAGGAUUCACCGGAGAGAAGGGCGAACAGGGAUUCAUCGGAGAAACCGGUCUGACUGGACGCGAUGGAUUGAAGGGCGAACGCGGCCUGCAGGGACCACCUGGCGCCAAUGGAUUGAACGGCUUCCAGGGUCCCAAGGGCGAUAUUGGACCUCGCGGCGAGGCUGGCUAUCCUGGAAUCACGGUCAAGGGAGAGAAGGGUCUACCCGGUCGCUCCGGCAGGAACGGACGUCAAGGUCUUACUGGAGCACCUGGCUUAGUUGGUGAACGUGGUCUGCCCGGUUUGGCCGGCGAGCCAGGACUUGUGGGUCUUCCAGGACCCAUUGGACCUGCUGGCAUCAAGGGAGACCGUGGUCUGGCCGGCAGCCCCGGACUACCAGGACAGGAUGGCUUCCCCGGCGCACAGGGAUUGAAGGGAGAUCGCGGAUUGCAGGGCUUCAAGGGAGAACGUGGUUUGAACGGCUUCGAGGGACAGAAGGGAGACAAGGGCGACCAGGGCGUGCCGGGAGCACCGGGUCUGGUUGGAUUGACCGGCGAAAAGGGUGACAUUGGCUACCCGGGAUUGGAUGGCAAUGAUGGACCUGCUGGCCCAGUUGGAGAACGUGGCUUUAUUGGAUUGAAGGGACGCGAUGGACGUGAUGGUUUGCCAGGUCAGCCGGGUCAGAAGGGUGAACCGGGAUUGCUGCCGCCACCGGGACCCAAGGGUGAGCCUGGUAGGCCGGGACUCGAUGGACCCAAGGGCGAGCGCGGACCUCCGGGACCAAGUGGCCUGAUCGGCAUCCAGGGCGAGCGCGGCGAGAAGGGUGAGCAUGGCCUGAUUGGAGUGACCGGAAGUGUGGGUCGUCAGGGACCCAAGGGAGAUCGCGGCGAGCAGGGAGAGCGCGGAUUCGAGGGUCGUAUUGGUGAGAUCGGUCUGAAGGGAGAACCCGGAGCAGAGUGCAAUGCUGCCUUGGACUAUCUCACCGGCAUUUUGGUGGCGCGUCACAGUCAAUCGGAAACCAUACCCACGUGCGUCGCCGGACACACGGAACUCUGGACAGGCUACUCCCUGCUGUAUGUCGAUGGCAAUGACUAUGCCCACAACCAGGAUCUCGGCUCCCCCGGCUCCUGUGUGCCCAGGUUCUCCACCCUGCCCGUGCUGUCCUGCGGACAGAACAACGUCUGCAACUACGCAUCGCGCAACGACAAGACCUUCUGGCUGACCACCAACGCCGCCAUGCCGAUGAUGCCCGUGGAGAGCGAGGGAAUCCGGCCGUACAUCUCGCGUUGCGUUGUCUGUGAGGCGCCUGCCAACGUGAUCGCCAUGCACAGUCAGACGAUAGAGGUGCCCGACUGCCCGAACGGCUGGGAGGGUCUCUGGAUUGGCUACAGCUUCGUCAUGCACACUGCUGUGGGCAACGGAGGCGGUGGACAGGCGCUGCAAUCGCCUGGAUCCUGUCUGGAGGACUUCCGCGCCACGCCCUUCAUCGAGUGCAACGGCGGCAAGGGCACGUGCCACUUCUACGAGACAAUGACCAGCUUCUGGAUGUUCAACCUGGAGAGCACACAGCCGUUCGAUCGGCCCCAGAUGCAGACGAUCAAGGCCGGCGAUCGGCAGUCGCAUGUGUCCAGGUGCCAGGUGUGCAUGAAGAACUCGUCGUAGGACCUCUAAGUAGUAGCACACCCCAACCCACCCCACAGACGCCCACACAGCACACACAGCAUAAGUUUAAUCUAAAUGUAAAGCCUUAAAUUUACCAACGAACCGUGUGUGUGUGUGAACCAUUCACACACUCACAACACAAACAAACAAA